UACUCCGCGCCCACCGCCUUGCUCCUCUGUCCCUCCCUCAUCUCCCGCGGCUCAGCUCUCAGCUUCCUCACGCCUUGGGCGUGUGUGGGGGCAGGUGAGGGUUUCUCAAGGGUCCCCGUUUGGAACCUGGCUCGCUUCUUCUGUCAAGUCCUUCGGCCUUAGUUUCCCCGCCUGUAAAAUGGGGAUUAUGACACCUCCCUCGUGAGCUAGUGAAAACUUUGUAAAAGGAGUGACUACUGUGGGUGAAAGCACUUUGCAGAGCCGCAGCUGAAGCUCAGCCGACGGAUACAAUUAUUGUUGUUAUUGUUACUGCUCCGCCUGGGCCGGGUGACCCGGUCGGGAAGUCCCGCUUCCUCCUCCUCCCCGAGGUGGAGGCUUUGCGCCGCCCGCACCAGGGACAUCUCCCCGCGCCAUCUCGGGGCACUGGAGAUAAGAAAGGAGGCUCCUCCCUGGCGUAGCAUGACCGCCAGGCGAGGGAGAAGGGACGGGGGCCCCUGCGAGGGCGGACCGUAGCACUCGCGGGGCUUGGCGCCGGCGGGCGGCGAGCUCAGCCCCUCCAUCUCUGUCUCCGGGAUUCAGGCCUCCCUUCCUGACAUGGAGAGUAACCUGUCUGGCCUGGUGCCUGCUGCCGGGUUGGUGCCUGCGCUGCCGCCUGCGGUGACCCUGGGGCUGACCGCGGCCUACACCACCCUGUACGCCCUGCUCUUCUUCUCGGUCUAUGCCCAGCUGUGGCUGGUGCUCCUGUAUGGGCACAAGCGUCUCAGCUAUCAGACGGUGUUCCUGGCACUCUGUCUGCUCUGGGCUGCCUUGCGUACCACCCUCUUCUCCUUCUACUUCCGAGAUACUUCCCGAGCCAACCGCCUGGGGCCCUUGCCCUUUUGGCUUCUUUACUGCUGCCCUGUCUGCCUGCAGUUCUUCACCCUGACGCUUAUGAACCUCUACUUUGCCCAGGUGGUGUUCAAGGCCAAGGCGAAGCGUCGGCCGGAGAUGAGCCGAGGCUUGUUGGCUGUCCGAGGGGCCUUCGUGGGGGCCUCGCUGCUCUUUCUGCUGGUGAAUGUGCUGUGUGCUGUGCUCUCCCGCCGGCGCAGGGCACAGCCCUGGGCCCUACUGCUGGUUCGAGUCCUGGUGAGCGACUCCCUCUUCGUCAUCUGCGCACUCUCUCUUGCCGCCUGCCUCUGCCUUGUGGCCCGGCGGGCCCCCUCCACUAGCAUCUACCUGGAAGCCAAGGGGACCAGUGUGUGCCAGGCAGCUGCAAUGGGUGGUGCCAUGGUCCUGCUUUAUGCCAGCCGGGCCUGCUACAACCUGGCAGCCCUGGCCUUGGCCCCCCGGAGCCGGCUGGAUGCUUUCGAUUACGACUGGUACAAUGUAUCUGACCAGGCGGACCUGGUAAAUGACCUGGGGAACAAAGGCUACUUGGUGUUUGGCCUCAUCCUCUUCGUGUGGGAGCUGCUGCCUACCACCCUGCUGGUGGGCUUCUUCCGGGUGCACCGGCCCCCACAGGACCUGAGCACCAGCCGCAUCCUCAAUGGGCAGGUCUUUGGCUCCCGUUCCUACUUCUUCGACCGGGCUGGGCACUGUGAGGACGAGGGCUGCUCCUGGGAGCACAGCCGGGGCGAGAGCACCAGCAUGUCGGGCAGCCUAGGCUCUGGCAGCUGGUAUGGUGCCAUCGGGCGCGAGCCGGGCUGGUGUGAGGGCAGCCAGACGAGGACCACUCCUCUGCUCUUCUCCCAGGUGCCGGGACCAGGCGGUCACCACCACAGUCUCUACUCCACCCCACAGACGUGAUUCCCCAACCUUUCUCCCGAGUACCCACACCCUAGCCCCCCUCACCCCAGGCCCCUGUGCCAAGUGCAUCUGCUGCUUCUUGCCCAGGGUCCUGAGGGACAUGGCCGCCCCCUCCUCUGGCCGGCUCCUUGCCGCUCCUGUCGUAGUGAGCUUGUGCCAUCCCCCUAGGAUGGAGGGCAUGGCCCUGGCCGCCAGAUGCCCACAGCACCCUGGCAUGACCUGCCACCUCCGCUUCCACAUCGGAGUCAGCUACCUCUCCUGUGCCUGCCACUUAAUAAACAGUGUCUGUGCCCCAUGUCCAGUCA